AUGUGUGACCUCUCCAUCGUCCUAGUCCCCGGCGCAUUCGGCCUCCCAGAAUUCUACGCUCCGCAAGUCCCUCACUUCCCACCUCCCAACCUUACACCUAACUUCCUUAGAAUCGCCCACGCAGUCGCCUCACACGGCCACUCCAUCCAAGUCCUCAGCCUCCCCACCAUCCCCCACUACAACAGCACUUUAGGCACGCCACCCCCCAUGUCCGCCGACGCAGCAUACAUCGCGCGUAUCGUCUCGCAGCUCGCGGACGAGGACAAAGAUAUCCUGCUUAUAUCGCAUUCGUACGGCGGUGUGCCUAUGAGUGAGAGUGUGAAGGGGUUAAGCAAGAAAGAAAGGAAGAAGAAGGGGAAGAAGGGGGGCAUUGUGAGACUGGCGUAUUUGACGUCUAUUGUGCCGGAGGUCGGAAAGUCGGUUACGGAUACGUUUGCGGGUGUGCCGGUGGGACAGCAGUUGGGUCUUGGUGUUGAUGAACUCGGUUGGUUAUACCAAGCCAACGUCACGCGCAACGCAGCUAUCGUAUUCUCAGAUCUUCCUUCUACAGAAGCAGUAGCGUGGGCAGAGAGGUUUUAUCGGCAAUCUGCAGUGAGUUAUGCUGGGCCGUUGACGUAUGCGGGAUAUGCGGAUGUGCCGGUGAGUUAUCUGGUUUGUGAGAGGGAUUUGGUGAUUCCUGCUACGUUGCAGAGAGGGAUGAUUGCAAUGAUUGAGAGGGUGGCGGGGAGGAAGGUUGAUGUGGAGAGUAUUGAUACGGGACAUGUGCCUGUUGCUAGUCAGCCAGAUUUGGUGGUUGAUUGGAUUUUGAGGGUUGUGAAGAAGGCUUCGCGUUGA